AUGCUCGAAGAAUUGACUAAACGAGUCGAGUCCGGCGAAAAGAAGAUAGAGGCGAACGACAAGAAGGUGGAGAACUACAACUCGAGGGUCGAUCAGAUUUCGGGGGCUCCACCAGUGUUGAAGGGACCGGAUUCGAAAAAAUUUGUUCAAAUGCCAUUUUCGCCGAGUGCGGCACCGAUGAAAAUCCCUAAGAGAUUUCGCAUGCCCGAUAUCCCGAAGUAUAAUGGGACGACGGACCCAAAUGAACAUGUGACUGCAUAUACAUGUGCUAUUAAGGGCAAUGAUCUCGCCGAUGACGAAAGGGAAUCAGUGCUACUUAAGAAAUUUGGGGAAACCCUGUCAAAGGGGGCGAUGAUUUGGUAUCAUAACUUGCCCGAGCAUUCAAUUGAUUCAUUUGCCAUGCUCGCUGAUGCUUUCGUCAAGGCCCAUGCCGGGGCCAUCAAGGUCGAAACACGAAAAUCGGACUUGUUCAACGUCAAGCAACGAGAUGACGAGACCCUCCGCGAGUUUGUGGCUCGAUUUCAAAUGGAGCGCAUGGACUUACCCCCAGUCACUGACGAUUGGGCCGUUCAGGCUUUCACCCAAGGGCUCAAUUCAAGGAGCUCGAUCACAUCUAUGGAGCUAAAGCAAAAUCUGAUAGAAUACCCGGCGAUCGCCUGGGUUGAUGUACACAACAGGUAUCAGUCGAAGAUCAGGGUCGAAGAUGAUAAGAUUCUGAGGGCUGCUUCGGUAUCAUGGCAUUCUGGUAAAGGGAGUGAUCGAUUGAGGAGAGUGGUAGAUCGGGAUUCCAGAUCGUCAUAUGACAGGUACCAGCCUUACCCACUCGAUCGAAGGGGAAACGGGCGCAACAGCGAAUCAGGCAAGAAUGAUAGGAGGAAUGAUCGAAGGAAUGAUCGAGGCCAAAGUAGCCGUGGAUUGAUAAACAGAAAUGCUGUCGAUAGAGCCCCGGGAAAUAGAGAAACUCCAAGGUUAUCCGAGUACAACUUUUGCGUCGAUGUAGCAACCAUAGCGGCGGUCGUUAUCCGAAACAAAGAAACAAGACAUCCAAGGCCAAUCCAAUCUGAUCCAGAGAAGCGGGAUAAAAGUCUUAUUUGUAAGUAUCAUCAUACUCACGGCCAUCGGACCGAGGAUUGUCAUCAGCUGAGAGAGGAAGUCGCUCGUCUGUUCAAUUUGGGACAUCUUCGAGAAUUCCUAAGUGAACGAGCAAAAACUCAUUUCAAGAACCUGGACUCCAACAAGCAGGAUAGGCCGGAAGAGCCUCAGCAAGUGAUACACAUGAUCAUGGGAGGAACUGACGUUCCCAUUGGGCCGGUUGUAAAACGCACCAAAAUUUCCAUAACGAGGGAAAAGCGUAUCCGGAAUGAUGACCCCGAUGGUCCCAUCACGUUCAAUGACGAGGACAUGGAAGGCAUCGCCCAGCCGCAUAACGACACACUGGUAGCUCGGCUAAUAUCAUCCGAUGGAGAGUCAUCGAACAGCUGGGACUACUAG